AUGUAUCAGACAUUCUCCGGCAACAGUCGACGGCCUCGUCAAGUGAAUCUGUCCGGUAGGCCUGGAAACCCGUUCGCGAAGAGCAACGGCACGGCCGCCGCCGGCGGAAGUGGAGCACAGCAAGCAGUCGCAUCAGCGCAACAGGAUCGCAUCAACCGCCAGAUUCAGAGGGAGCGAGCACGGGCGGCGUCAAAGGUUCAGAAGACAUUCAGAGGGCACAGUAGCCGGCGCAGGACAUUCAAGAUAUGGCGGCAGAUCUGGGACGAACAGGAGGAAAGAGCGAACGGAGCAUACAGCACAGCAGACGAAAGUCUUGGGCAGCUACGGCGCCUGCUAUUAUUCUUCAGUCCGAGAAGAGAUCCAAGCGACGUGAAGCGACUUGCUUGGUAUGGGACACGACAAGUCACGACGAGCGAUACGGUGCAGUGCAAGGGCGACGAGUGGUCUCGUGCGUAUUCGAAACUCCAGAGAGCCUGCAUAGCAGCACUCCGAGCGCGGGUACUGCCGGAUCGUGACAACGAUCGAACAGUGUUGGGCAUCUUGACCUUCGCUGCGAGACAGACAAAAUUCACCUCUGACGAUGCCGUGAACUACUAUGACGCCCUCACCUCGAGUGGAGCAGACUUGCCUCAGGACUCUUUGCAAGGAGCGCUUCUUGCCCCGCUCCAAUCUCGUGCGGCGUAUGAAGGUUUGGCAGUGUUGCUUGCGAGACCGCUGGAUCAAGAGACUACCAGUCUCCUCCGAACAGCCAUCGAUGCGGAGGCUUUAUCGGAGGCCGUGGCUUCUCGCUUGGCACCGCCUUCUCUUCCCAGGUCUGAAGCGAACGACUCGCAGCGAGGAUUGUCGACGAGAUCGCGAGUAUGGCUUCUCGGCAACCUGAUUGCGCUCGUUGAAGUUCGAUCGAGCAUGGCAUUUAUGAGUGCUAUCAGUCAACUUCUUGGUUCUCUCGCAGAUAGUAUCGAUUUCGAAAGCACGCCGCUUGAUCUCGAAAACACUGCUUAUGAUAAUGAAAUCUUGGCCAGUGUACAGUCUGGCCUGCCCCUGAACACCUUCAUGCAGAAACAGGUCAAUUCGCUACUGCACCAGCAUUCCAUACGUAAUCUUCUGGUCGGCAAGCAAAACUUGUCCGGCAAUCGCGACGCUCAAGCAUUGGCUGGUUACGCUCUCACAUUAUUACGAUGCUUUCCACGCAGGUCAGAUGAAAUCCGCAUGUGGUUGCACCUAGGACCAACAAGGGUCGACAGUCCUUCACCGACCACUUACUUGUGGAAUGCAACGAAACAGACCCAGGUCUUUUCGGAGAUAUGGUCUUCCUCACGGGGUGUCGUCCAGCUGCUGAAGAACAGGAUUCCGUCACCACGUGAACGAGACGACUGGACCAUAAUACUUGUCUUCUUGGAAAUGUUUUCUUUCGAUCUCAAAAUCAUGGAUGACGAAGAGUUCAUGGGCAAGAGUCCUGUCAGCAAAAGGAACAGCGCUGUUCCUGUACCAGAUGUUGCCAAUCUCGUGACGUUCUUGAAGAAUCUUGGCUUUACACUGGUCUACGACGCUGGCAGCUUGAACAAUUCCGACGCUUUGCCAGCAAGGGAUCAGGGCUCACUGUUUACUACCAAGAGCCGAUUUGGCAACGCAUCGCAGAGCAACGACUCAUCGGCCAACGACUCACCCUUACUCGUCGCACAACUCCCCGGUCUUACUUCAGACUACUUGAAAGGCGUUGUAACCAGCCUCCUGCGUGCUAUUUACGAACGCGAUUCUCGACGGAACUUCCUGCCAAAGGGACACUGGUUGAUGACGGAGCGAUUCAAUAUGGAUGCCUUCACGCAGGACGUUGUCAUUGAGGAAGAAUCAAGACAUGUCAUCCAACAGCAAGAAGACGAGGACAAGGAUGACGACUCCGACUCCGACUUCAAUGAUCGCUUCGACACUCCGCGUACGGGCGCGAGCUCCUACGCUCGGGUACUUCGUUCUCAAGAAGCAAGAGCACGUGCACAACGAAAGGCAAGCAGGAGGCGAUACUUGGAGUCAAUGGCGCCGAAGCUGGAAAUUCUCCAGAACAUGCCAUUCUUCAUACCAUUUCGCACUCGUGUCGAAAUUUUCCGACAGUUUGUUCGCCUCGACCAAGAAAAGCGACGCUUUGGCACAACAGACCCAGAUCUUUGGCGACAGCAGAUGAUGUUUCAGCCACAACAAGGGCCGCCUCGAGAUCUUCUUGCACGACACCAUGCUAAAGUCAAGCGUACGCAGGAGUUUCAGGAUGCCUACGAGCAGUUCUACGAGCUAGGUGCCGACCUCAAAGAGCCUAUCCAGAUCACUUUUCUGGAUCAGUGGGACAUGCCUGAAGCUGGCAUCGAUGGAGGUGGAGUCACCAAAGAGUUUCUAACCAGUGUUAUCAGCCAGGCCUUCGAUCAAGACCCAAAGGCGUCCGGCCACCGAUUCUUUGUCGAAAACGAUCAACACCUUUUGUAUCCCAAUCCCACCAUUUUCGAAGAUCUGAAAUUGCAACACCAGUUGUACGGAUUCAGCGAAAGGUCGCCUGAGGUUGCAGAAGCGUGUCGCGAUCUCGGCAGGCAGUACGAAUUUCUCGGUCGCAUCAUCGGAAAGUGCUUGUAUGAAGGAAUACUGGUGGACGUCUCUUUCGCUGGCUUCUUCUUGAAGAAGUGGGCGCUGACAGGCGGGACUGGUAGUGCACGAUCUGAGUCGCACUAUAGGCCAAAUAUCAACGAUCUCCGUGAGCUGGACGAGGGCCUGUACCGAGGCCUGCUCCAGGUCAAGAACGCCGACAAUGCAGAAGAACUAGGGAUGACUUUCUCAGUGACCGAUGAAGUCGGACCGCCAGACGGCAAGCGCGUCGUUGAAGUCGAUCUGGUGCCGCACGGAGGUAACAUCGCCGUCACGAACGAAAACCGUCUUCAAUACAUCAACCUGAUCGCAGCAUAUCGCCUCGCGCGGCAAGCUUCCCAGCAAACCCGCACGUUCCUCCGUGGACUCAGCGACAUCAUUCAACCUUCUUGGCUCAGCAUGUUCAACCAGUCAGAGCUCCAGAUCCUCAUCGGUGGUGCCGCUGCUGGUAUUGACGUCAAUGAUCUUCGACGCAACACACAGUAUGGCGGUACGUAUGUCAUUGGCAAUGAUGGAAUGGAGCAUCCGAGUGUGCAAAUGUUCUGGAAUGUCAUGCAAAAGAUGGAAGAUCAAGACCGAAGGAAGGUGCUCAAAUUCGUCACUUCGACACCUCGUGGACCGCUUCUGGGAUUUGGUCAUUUGAAUCCGAGAUUCUCAAUUCGUGAUAGCGGAAGCGAUGAGAAUCGGUAUCCCACCACGAGUACCUGCGUAAAUCUCCUGAAGCUGCCGAUGUAUAAGAGCGAGGCGGUGUUGAGAGAGAAAUUGCUCGCUGCCGUUAACAGCGGAGCGGGAUUUGAUCUGUCGUGA